CUUAAAAUCAGCAUGAUUGAACUUGUAUUAGUAACGUCUUAUUUUGAAAACCGGAAGUGAUCUCGCUCGGUAUCAAACUAGCGCUGAUUCUCAGCCGACUCCCAGCAAUCACAGUAAGUUCGACUGCACAGGCGCACUUAAAAACGACCGCAGUGGGUGUGUCUGUGUCUGUGUUUGUGUUUCAACACAACAACAAAAAAGUCUGAAAUGUCUCCACAGGUUGUCCUGAUGAAACUGCAGAAACUUGUGGUUUUCACUGACGUGUGUCAGACUGUUUCUCAGCAGCAGGUGGCGCUCAUUGUGCUCACUGUUUCAUAGAAUCUGUGAAAUGUUCAGAAAUAAAAAGUCAAAGGUUUUACUUUUACUUUGACAUCGUUUUCUCAACGUUCAGUCUGAUGAUAUCAGAGGUCGAUUAAGUGGUCUGACUCUGCCGAGCUGUUCGACGUUUGACUAGUGUGUUCUAGCAGCGGCUGCUCGUGCUUCUUUAGUUUUAGCUUUAGCUUUAGCUUUAGACCUGAGACCCAGAACAGAACAGAACAAACCACCACGGGUGUUGUGUCCUCGGCGUGUCUGUCCCUGGGUGACCACAAUGGACAGAGACUCAGUGAAACUUUCCAAAAACCUGCUGCGCAUGAAGUUCAUGCAGAGAGGUUUGGACGAAGAGACGAAGAAGCAGCUGGAGGAAGAGGAGAAGAGAAUCAUCAGUGAUGAACACUGGUACCUGGACGUCCCCGAGCUCAAGAGCACAGAGAGCCAGAUCAUAGAGGUGGACAGUUUUGUUCCCUGUGAGGACCUGAUUUAUGGACGCAUGUCCUUUAGAGGCUUCAGUCCAGAUGUGGAGAAGCUGAUGAAGAUGAAUGGAAAAGGUGAAGAGGAGGAGAAGAAGGAGGAGGAGGAGGAGAGCAGGAUGAAGACAGACGUCACUGAUGAAGAAAUGGCUCUGAGGUACGAGAGUUUAGUCGAAAGCAUGAAGAAGAAGUUUGUGAGGAAGCGCGAGCGAUCGUCGCUGGACGACACAAACAGGAAGAGAGUUUUUGUCAAACCUCAGGACUGAACCUCUCUGUGGAUGUUAUACAUCCUGUCUUUCUUUUUGAAGUGUUUCCAUUAAACACCUGUUUCACCCUUU